AUGAGCCUGGUGAUUAAAGCACAUGAGGACAUGGAGGAAUGGAACAGUCGGGAGGAUCAAGAGGCUAAACCUAUCAACGCAGGUCCUGGUGUGAAAGAGGUCGGAAAAUGGCAAGCACCACCGUCUGUGUUAUGGAUGGGAGCGAGAAGGUUAACUCGAUUGAGAUCACCUAUUGAGGCGGAGGCUGAAGCACUUAGGUGGGCCAUCAUUUCCUUGGUGCGUCUCAACUACGAGAACAUCAUUUUCGAAUCAGACUGCAAAGAGUUGAUACAUGCCCUGCAGGAAAAAAAUUAUCGCCCCAGCAUACGAGCUUAUACAGAUGAUAUUCACCAUAUGCUGGACAAGAUAAGGGCUCAUCGAGUGAUCUUUAAGAGUAAACAAACAAAUAAAGUUGCAGAUAGAGUAGCAAAGGAGGCAUUCACAUAUGGGAGUAACUCCUCCGUUUUGUUUUCUAUUAUGCCAUCUUGGAUCAAAUCUUAUGUUGAGGCUGAUAAGCGUAUUAUGUAA